ACGUAGUAUUAUUCAUCUGAUCAGCUGACUCUGUGAUGAUUCUGAAGGCCCUCUGAAACAACAAUCUGGUCAUCAUUUUAGCAUUAUGUAUUGACUGUUGCAGUACGCAGUACAUUCCAUAGCCAAGUGUACGAGUGAAACGUUUUAACACCCCAUUUUGUGGAUUAGGCCAAAGGAAAAAAAAACAAGUAGCCAGCCAUGACUGAGUUCUGGUUGAUUUCGGCUCCGGGGGACAAGACAUGCCAGCAGACAUGGGACAAGAUGAACGUGACCACCACACGCCCCACUGUCCUCUCCACCAACAACAAGUUCAACAUCCCUGAUCUGAAGGUUGGAACCCUAGAUGUCCUUGUGGGCUUGUCUGAUGAGCUGGCCAAGCUGGAUGCCUUCGUUGAAGGUGUUGUGAAGAAAGUUGCCACAUACAUGGCGGAUGUGCUGGAGGACAGCCGAGACAAAGUCCAGGAGAACUUACUGGCCAAUGGAGUGGAUUUGAUUACCUACAUAACACGGUUCCAGUGGGACAUGGCCAAAUACCCCAUCAAGCAAUCUUUAAAAAACAUCUCAGAGAUCGUCUCUAAACAAGUGACUCAGAUUGACAAUGACUUGAAGGCCAGAGCGUCGGCCUACAACAACCUGAAAGGCAACCUCCAGAACUUGGAGAGGAAAAACGCGGGAAGCUUGAUGACGAGGAGCUUGGCUGACAUUGUGAAGAAGGAUGACUUUGUCCUCGACUCAGAGUAUCUUAUUACCAUGCUUGUUGUCGUCCAAAAGACGGGUUACGGAGACUGGCAGAAGACAUAUGAAACCCUGGCUGAGAUGGUGGUCCCUCGCUCAACCAAUCUGUUAUUUGAAGACACAGAAAGUGGCUUGUUCAGUGUUACCCUCUUCAGAAAGGCUGUGGAUGACUUCAAACACAAGGCUCGGGAAAACAAGUUUACCGUGCGUGAGUUCCAGUAUAAUGAGGAGGAGCUGAAGGCAGACAAGGAGGAGAUGACCCGUCUCUCCACCGACAAGAAAAAGCAGUUUGGCCCGCUGGUGAGGUGGCUGAAGGUGAACUUCAGUGAAGCGUUCAUCGCCUGGAUCCACAUCAAAGCCCUCCGCGUCUUUGUGGAGUCUGUCCUGCGGUAUGGGCUCCCGGUGAAUUUCCAGGCCAUGCUGCUUCAGCCCAACAAGAAGAACAUGAAGAAGUUGCGUGAGGUGCUGAACGACCUCUACAAACACCUGGACAGCAGCGCCGCCAUCAUAGACGCCGCUAUGGAUAUCCCUGGGCUGAACCUGAGCCAGCAGGAGUACUACCCUUACGUUUACUACAAGAUAGACUGCAACAUGCUGGACUUCAAAUAACACCUCACCCAAACCUUCAUGUUUGGUGUGAGGCUUCAUCUCCAUCAGAUUUCCAAAAACAAGGCUUUAAUUUAUUUACUUUUACCACCUUAAAAUGUAUGUUUCUGUUUUUGUUUUGUUUUGUUAUGUUUUGUUCGUGACUUCUCUUGCCUGUUUGUCCUCGUGAUGUCUCCUUUCCCUCUGCUUCAUCACCCUGCUUUUGUGACAUUUUGCGAAGCUGUACACAACCUCAAAGCCAUACUGCAAUCAGUCUCACUUCAAAUGUAAGGAACAAAUACUGUAUGUUCAUUUUUUUAUUUUAUUUUUUGUAUGUGUCUGUUGUCCUAUGGGAACUGUUGCGAUCACUAAAAACAAUGGUGUCAAUCAACAUAUUAUGUACAGUACAUGUACACUCAGUGAUAGUAACAACACUCAGUGACUGUAACAAUCUCCUCUGGGGUGCAGUGUCUAUAUUAUAUGUGCUAUGAUAUUGACGCAGGUAAUUUCCUUAAAAAUACAUUCCUUAUCUAUGUGUUGUUGAAGAUGUUCUGAACUGAAUGGAAGAUGUGUGAGUGGAUGACCGACUACAUAAAUGCGAGUUCAGGUAUAUUUUUGUGGUAUUUUCCUUGCCACAGCCCAACACCAUGUGACCCAUACUGGACAGAUGUAGUGAUUGUUCCAUGUCGUGGUGGUAUCAGGAAAGCAAUAUUUGUUUGUUCAUAUGUGAUCCAUAUUACAUUCUUGUGUUCCACAUUCUAGGUGUUACAGCAAAUAAUAAUAACAAUAAAAAAAAUACUGUGACAUGAUUUGUCAGGUGGGUGGGAAACAACAACACUUAAUAAUAAACUAAUAAAUAUUGUAUGUA